AUGAUGGCCUCCGCUAUGCCCCCUCCUGCCGUCUCACCCGGCGCACCACCCGCCGGCCCCUCCACUGCGCCGCCUCCCAUGCAGCAGAUUCAACCUCAUCCCGCCCCUGAUGUCGGCGGCGAUCCAAUGUCCAUCGACGACGGGUCAGCCGAUGGGCGCAAGGCGAAGCGCGAACUCUCCCAGUCCAAGCGCGCCGCCCAGAACAGGGCCGCUCAGCGAGCUUUCCGCCAACGAAAAGAGGGCUACAUCAAAAAGCUCGAGCAGCAGGUUCGUGAUUUUAUGGACAUGGAGUCCCAGUAUAAGCAGCUCCAGUCAGAGAGCUAUGCGCUUCGCGAAUACGUCAUCCACCUGCAGUCGCGCAUGCUCGACACCCAAGGCGAAUACCCCCAGGCCCCGCCCAACGUCAACCUCAACCAGCCCCCACCGCCUCACCUCGCACAGGGUCCCCCGGCCCAUCAGCUCCAAGGCCCCGACGCCAUUCCCGGCUCGCAGCCGCCCCACGCCGUCCCGGAGCAGCAACAUCAGCAGCAACAUCAGCAGCAACAUCAGCAACAGCAGCAGCAACAGCAGCCGCCGCAGCAGCAGCCAGAGCCCGUCCAGCAGCAGCCGCUCCCAGCCGCCACCGCGCCACCGCCCGCGCCAACGAACGACUCGGCUGUCGGCACGCCCCUCGAGGCCGUUGCGCAAGCCGUCGCUGGUCUCGCAGCGCAGGAACAGAUGGCCGAGCGCCAAAACUACUCAGGCGCUAAGGACUAUCGCCCGGACGCCGACGUUGAGAUCAAGCCCGACAUGGAUACCGACCCCCAGCUGCGCGAUGACAGCAUGCAAGCCCCGACCGCCUCGAUGUAG